CCCACCUUGGAGAAAAUGAAGUGUGAGAUGGGUGGCCACCACGUGAAAGUGUUUGGGAGAGCAAUCCACGCUUUAGCUCGAAUUAGUGAGGAACUGUGGCUUGACCCAAGCGAAAGAGGUCUUGCUCUGCGGUCUGUGAAUUCUUGUAGAUCAGCUUAUGCAAGUGUUUUAUUCCCAGCUUCAUUCUUUCAACUGUACCAGUGGUCAGCUACGCUUGAAAUAUGUGACAGUAACGUGCCAUUGCAUCUAAAAUGUAAAUUAGGAAUGAAGUCAGUUCUGCCCAUAUUUAGAUGCCUGAAUAUACUUGAAAGAAAUGUAGAAAAAUGCAGUAUUUUUAUGAGUGCUAAUACAUGCCGUGUGAUUUUUCAACUCUUCUGCAAACAUGGUAUUAUAAAAACUCAUAAUCUGUCUUUUCAAGAAUCUGAGCCUUUACAAGCUGUUUUUGCAAAGAAUAUGUGUCCUAAUAUAUUGAAAGUUCAGCCAAGGUUGUUGGCUGAUAUAAUGAUUCAUUUUCCAUUGAGUCAAGAAGAAAUUACUUUAGCUGUGACGCCAAUGAAAGUUUGCUUUAAGAGCUAUGUUGAGGAUGAAAUAGAUUUUGCCAAGUCUAUGUACACUGAAAUGCAUCUUGAUCCUGAUGAAUUUGACUACUUUCAAGUUGGAGUUGACACUGAAGUAACAUUUUGUCUUAAAGAACUGAGGGGACUGCUGGCAUUUUCAGAAGCUACAACUGCUCCUGUGUCUAUUUAUUUUGAUCUUUCUGGAAAACCUGUGGCUUUCAGCAUUGAUGAAAUGGUCUUAGAAGCCACUUUUGUUUUGUCUACAUUAGCUGAAGUUCAAAGUAGGAGAUCUUCUCCAAGUUCACUGUGCCUUUCACAAAGACUGAAAAGGUCAGAUCUGAUAAAGCCAAAGGCAGACACUGAAGACAAUCUGACAAACAUAGAGAAGGAGUUGAGCACAGUCAGAGCAGCAUCCAAGAGACCCUCAUACCAUGAGAGGCAGAUCGACAGCACUGAAUUAGAAAGUUUUAAUAUUCCUGCAGUGAAAAGGCUGGACACACACAUUGCUGAAACAACAGAAAACUACCUUAGUGUCAUGGGAGAGGUGAUUCCAAAGACUCAAGUCUAUAAUAAGUUUUGUUCUCUGUUCUUUGGAGCAGUUUCACCUAAGCAACGUGACUUCAAUCACCCAUGGAUCAAUCUGGCAACAGUGAGUGACAGCGAAGAUGUUAGUAAUGGUCCACUAUCACAAGUCUUCUAA